AUGCUGAUGCUGUUAACGCCGUUCAGAAAUUCACAUUCACUCGGACUGGGAUGUGAGAAGCUCGGUGAGAUGGAGACCUUCAUCCAUCUUAACCUCAAUCUGAUGAAUCUCGGGAUCCAGGCCAAGAUGUGAUCGUCACGACGCGUCACAGUUUGGAUCUGUCCAGCCUUUACAACACUUGUUUCUAUAGCAACAUAAAUAUCAUAGCAUCCUUAAAACAAUGCAGUCCUCCUCUCAGCCUCUAAAGCCACGGCGCUUUGACGCCAGCAGACGGACCGCUGCUUCAGCAGGACCAAAGGCUCACGGCGCUGCUUUUCAGAGGGAGGAUAAAAACAUGAACACAAUUACCACACCCUCCCCACGCCGUGCAACCAAAGGCCCCAGUGUACCCACCAGGACCAGGGUUGGAGUGCAGCCUCGAGCACCAAUAAGCCAAAACAGGUUUAGCGCACAAAAAGCAAGUUCCACCAUCUCCAAAACAGCCAAACCCAAACCUAAGGGUGCUCGUACAUCUGCGGUGACUAAGAUUGCACCGAAAGCCGCCCCUCCACCGCUCCCCUCCGUUCUCCCUCUUGACCCCAACUGCAACGAACCAAGCCUCCCGUGUCUGUGUUGCGAUGGACGCUCGCCGCAGGAUAACAACAGCAUGUUCAACCACAACCACAACAACAACAACACCAUUUCUAUCAGGCAGCAACUGCAGCUACCACCUCCUCCACCAGCAAUAUUGCCCCAGAGGCAUGAUGGGAAAGGAGCCAAGGAGCAGUCACAGCCUGCCUCAGAAGCACACGCCAAGAUGGAGCCCUCUGCCUGCCCUACCGGUCUGGAAAAUGAAGGGAAAAACACAGAUGAAUGCGCCAAUCUCAUCAACAAGAAGCACGUAAAAGUUGAGGAAGACGAUGACGAGGAAGAAAGCAGCGGGGAUAUUGAUAUUGACGAUGAUGACGAGGCCGACAAUGACGACGACGAUGAUGAUGAUGACACCCUGGUACCAUCAUGCUGUGACUGUCCUCCCUCCCUUUUGGAGUUCUCUCUAUCCUCCUCUACCUCGUCGUCCUCCACUUCAAUCAGCUCCUGCUCUGAUCUGGAGUCUGACUGUGCCGAUCAAUCCGCCUCCAUCUGCUCUUCUCACGACCAAGAUGAUCUACCCAUGGCUCUGUCCCCUAAGGCCCAAUCUCUUUCACAGGCACUUGAAUGCCGGCCCCCGUUGCGUUCACCCCCAUCCCUCCCUCUUAGCAAUCCUUUCUCCCGAACAUCACAUUCCCGAAAUUCUCCUUGCUCCCCAGAUGAGGGCUACCCCUCCGCCCUGGACUCCCCUUCUCCUGACUACCUCGGUGUCAAAGGUGACUCUGAGGUUGCAAAACUAGGCUUGCUUGACUUUCUCGAGUCAGUUGGUGAGUUUGGUAAAAUGGAGCGCUUCAGCCAGGUGAUCCAAGUGGCUCGCUGGGAUCUGGAGGGGGAGCAACACUGGGAUGUUCUGCGGGAUCGACUGGAUCACCUGGAUCGCUUGGAGAAGGUGAAUAGGGAAGUGAAACUGGCCUACAUUGCCAGGCUCCACGAGAAGGGAUUUGACCUGGGAGAUCUGGAGGAGCAGGAUCUAUCAGAUGUAAUGGAUGAGAUGGGAAACAUCGACAUUCCCUGGAAGUUGUAUAAAAGUCGAGGAGUGAUGGGAGAGUCUCAGGAAUUCUCAGAUGCAGGGGUUGACCUCACCGCUCCCUCAGAUUGCGAGGACCCUCUUGCUCCUGAUUCCCUCACCCCUUCCCCGGUUGAGCCGCCACCUAGACCCCCUAAACCCCCGGUUCGUCAUGCGAGUGUAAGCUCCGACCUCCACACCUACAUCAACAUCAGCAGGGAGACCACCUCCAUGGCUGUUUCUACAUCCCCUACUAUGACUACCUUCUCCCCCAACUCUUCCUCCCCAACAUUCACCACUUUUAGGUGUGAGAAACCCCUACCACCAUCUCCACCCUCCAUUCCUCCCCUCCCCACCUCUAAACCAGUCCCUUACCUUACCCUCUAUACCACUCCUUCUCCACCUCCAGCUAUUCCCACCCCAACCCCUCCUAUCCCCCCUCCUCGAAAGCGUCACCUUGCCAGAAAGGAGGCCCAGCGAAUCGCUGCUCUUCAAGCGAAACAGGAAAAGUCGCCCUUUUCCCUCCCUCCUCCGACCACACGACCCCCACCUCUGCCUCCUCCCCCUGUUAUCUCAGUGUCCUCCUCCUCUCCCCCUGCCAUACCACCUCCACCCGCCUUGCCUCCUCCCCCAUCCUUCCACACACUGGAUGUAGAAAUUCGGAAGCUGCUGAUGCUUGCCGGGUUGACUCAAGCUGAGCUCCUCAAACUCAGCCCCGAGCUCGGCGUUUGCGUUGGAGGCCUGGAGGAUGAGGGAGAAGGAAAUAAUCCUUUCUUGUCCAGGUCUGUUGAGCCACACGAGUUCAGACUAAAAGAGCAGGAGGAGGAGGAGAAGGAAUGUGACACAGAAACGUUAGCCAGAGAUACAUGGAGCAGCAGAGGCAAGUUGAGCGGCGAUGGCCGAGCAGAUGUAGCUGAAGAAGGCAGAAAGACAGAGGAAAACAAGGAUUUACAAAAAACCACCUCAUUCACUGAGAUGGCAAGGAGGAGAAAAAGGAACAACGGUGUGACCUCCGACCAUUACUACAGCACCAACCUCAGCAAUACACAUGAAACUAAAACAAACAAAAUGAACUAUGAAUCUUUCCAAUAUCAUACAGUGUUUCCAGAUUCACCGCCCCCUCCUCCUCCUCCUCGUCCCUUACCCCCCAUUCCCUCGUCUCAUCCACCUGUCAAAGUCAGCACUCUCUCAGCCAAUUCCACCCAACCUGAGAGAUUCGAUUGGCUCAUAGCAUUCACACCUGAAUGCGAAGGCUCCCUUAAGACUCGUACCCUGGAAAUGAGAAAAUCUCCUAUGGAAGCUCCCAAGAAGCUCACUUCAUCAGGGUCGUCUACAGGGGUACCUCCCAAGACCACAACUUUUAAAGAGCUGCGCUACCGUAACAAGAGCGCCUCCCCUCCAACAAAGGUGAUUACUGACCCAGAUCCGGAUCCAACAGUUAUUACACCAGAUGCAGAUAUACUCUACAACCUGAGGUGGAGAAGAGAGAAGGAAGGAAGCGAUGGGCAACAUUGGGAGUACACCUCUCAGGCUCAGGCCUUCUUCAUGCAGCCGCCGCCGGCCCUCACCUCCAUGGCCGCUCUGAAGGAGAUGCUCCAGCGAGCGGACAAGGAGGGGGGACAACUGGAGCUGUGCCCAUCUCAGAAGAUUGGCUGCUCCAUCAGUGACAGCAGCCUGUGGACCAUUGGCAGAGACUGGGAGUGUGAACAUGAUAAAAGUGAGGAAAAGGAAGGCAAAGAAGAGGAAGAGAAGAAGGUGGAGGUGAAGAUGGAGGUGAGAGGACGAGCCGACGGCGGAAGGACUUUCGAGUCAAGAACUUCAGUUUCCUCCCCCCCACUGUCCCUCACCCAGUCCUCCCAACCCUACUUCCUCCACGCAACCCUCCCUCCCUUUCGCCCCGGCUACUGUAACUCCCAGCCCUUUGCAGAUCCCCGACCCAACAGACAUGCAGGCAGGGAGUCCAGAGACAAACACAGCAACACACAUCGGGGCCCGGCUGACAGCUCAGCUUGUGUCCACGGGGAUGUUUCCAACUCUAAUCUAAGCUCUGGGUUUAGCUAUGAAUCCCUGGCUGAUUUUGGUGUAGACUCUCCCGGUGAUGAUGGGGAUUUCAUUAACACUUGCAAGGACUUUGAGUCCGACUCGAUCUGUAAUUUUGACUCUCUCUACUGCAGUGAAUCAGACAUACACACUAAGUCAAAAACAAACGUUUGUGGAGCCGGAGACACUCCGGGUUGCACCACCCCUUAUAAGAACAUUGAUGUCAUGAUGACCUAUUCUAACAGCAUCAGCACCAUGGACUCACAGUACUCAGAAAGACGCACACACCCGCUCGGGGACAAGGAAAGAACAUCUAAAGAGCUUCCUCCUCUUCCAACAUAUUACCUUUACCACCCUAAAAACUGCCCCCUGCACAGGGGUGCCCCGCCCCGCCUCUCUCCCAUCGGAGCCCUCUCCCCUCCUCUGCGCUCAGGAGUGCCCCCACCUGGUGCAGCAGGCUACAGCCUCAGCUCCCCGCUUUUCCCUCGCUCUCACACCUUGCCUGCCCUCGCUGCUCCCCUCUACUAUCCAAACCUCUAUCCCCCUAUCCCACCCAGGGCGCCCCCCUUACCCCCAAAACUCUACCAGGCUCCUCCGCAGUCAAGUGUGGCGACCGUUCGCAGUGUUUCAUUCGCUGGCACAGUACAGAGGACAGGGACUUCCUGGAUGGGCGAAGAUGUGGAUUAUCCAAUGAGAGGUCUGGGCCUGUCCUCUCUGUUCCUGCAGGAGAAAAAAGCUCUGGUCAGUGCGGUCAGCGUUGCUGUGGAAGCCAUCUUGGCCCAGUUCAGUUCUUCACGGACCGUUGUUCAGAAGUCUAUCUCAGUUAACAAGGCCUUAUCAGGAGACAGCACUAUAAAUCCAUCUCUGGGCCGUCUGGUGCUGCAGUGCCUCUGCCCUGCCCUGCACAGCCUGCUGACUGAUGGCUUGAAACCCCACCAGAGUGACCUGAUUGCGGGCAGGAGGCCAAACUCUGCCUGGGGUCUGGUCCAAGCCUCCACACAGCCAGGUCCAAAAACACAAGCCUUGUUCAACCUUCAAGUUCGAGUCAGAGAGCUGCCUCAGCUCCGGCAGAGCAAGCAAAGGUUCAACGCGUUCCUGCUCGGCCUUCUGAAUACGAAGCAUCUUGAUUUCUGGCUGUCUCACGUUCAGUCCUGCAGUGAUGUGCUGGAGACAUAUUACCGUCCCACCUCUCUCAUGCGACUGUCGCUGUCUGCAUGCCAGCCUCUGUUCGAGGAGCUGCUCCUCGUGCUGCAGCCUCUCAGCCUGCUGACGUUCAACCUCGACCUGCUCUUCCAGCACCACCAUCUAGAGCCAGACAGUCACAGGCCAGAGAUCCCCAGCCCACCUUCUCAGGAUGCUGGAUCAACAGAACAAUCCAGAACCACAGGCUGCAGAUAUAUUGAAACCCUGUCAGAGGUCAACUUUGAAAGCCCAGAGCUUCAGGCCGCCAAAGAAAAAACAUCAGCUCCGUUUAAUCCAAAGAAUGGAGGAUCAGGAGAGUCAGCACAGAUCAGCGCAGCAACCAUAAAGGUUCCUGUCUCUCUGGCACAGACCAGUCCUCAGCUGAUGUGGGUACAGGAGAAAGAGAUUGGAGCGUUACCUCCUCCUGAAGAUGAUGAGGACAGCCUUGCCCAGCAGGCUGGACAGGUGAUCCAGCAGGGAUGGGGGGCCGUGAUGCGUUUGGGUGGAAGACUGAGCAGGAACCUGUCAGAGCUGAGCCUGACAAAGGAUGAAGUUAAGACAGACUUGUCGGAUCUGCAGAUCCAGACAGAGAGCGACUUUGCUCCGGUCAGCUGUGGUACUCAGGUUCCCUGGGGGCUCGGGCGGCUGUUUGGAGCCUCUAAAAGCCCCAACAGCCCACCAGGAAACACACCACCUACCAGGCGACCCUCUCAGUGGCUUGCUCCUGGUGUCACUGCACUGACCCGAAUGGUGAGCAGCAACUCCACCCCACUCUUAAGAAGGGCAGCAGAGCAGCAGAUAGAGAGUGAACCAGAGCGGGAGAAAGACAUUGAUGCACUGGAGAUGAAGGACAAACCCAGACCACUCAGGUCAGUGCGAACGCUGUGUGACCACACUGGAACCGGAUCAGAGCUCAGCUUCUGCAAAGGGGAGGAACUUGUGGUGUUAGGAGGAGUCGAUCAAGACUGGAUCCGCUGUCGUCAGGGAGACAUGGAGGGGCUGGUGCCUAUUGGCUACACCUCCCUCAUCAUGUGACUUCAGCAACAAAACUGCUGCAAAUCAGACAAUAAAAAAAUAAAAUAAUUAUAGAUAUAUAGAUAUAUUUAAGGCAAGUAUUGAGAGGUUUUGGUGAGGCUCUACUACUCUGAAAAAGGGAUAUUUCACACUAUCUCUGUCUAAGUUUGACUUGAGUGCAAAGUACCAUCUGCUCUGCUUCUAUGUGCAUCAGGAGCUGUGUGCAGCUUUUCUCCCUGUAUGAACAUAUGGGAGUGUUUCCUAGCAUCAUCAUCCACCCAGUUUGGUAGCAUUAAACUAAUGUAUUUUAACAGCAGGAAUGCAGCAGAUGGUGUGAAAUAAUGACUCGAGUCAAACUUAGAUCAUUUCACACUGGGAGACCUUUGAUCUUGGCGUGAAGUAUCCCUUUUAAAAAUGUCCUUUCCCCCACCCACAAUUUCUGCUUCCCUUGUCAGCCACUGAUCUGAAAACGAUCACAGGGGAAAAACUCAAUCAGCCGCAAGUAGAUUCAAGUGCUGUCCGAUGAGCGGCUGCCUGUUGUGAGGAGACAAUGGCCUGAGAGUAGUCACUUAAUAUCUCGAUGCCAGCUGACAGGAGUCGCAGCUCGCAGGUUGUUGGGUGGAGAAGACAUGUCUGAGUUCUGGGCCUCAGCUCCUGUUGCAUACUGCGUAGUGAUGUAGUGAAUUGUAGCUGUGUAGAUCUGUGUCCUAUUGACUUUCACCCCUAUUGACCAUCUUUAUCGCCUGGUUCAUGUGUGUUUGACAUGUUUCUGCUAUUCUAUUUGACUGUAUAAAUAUACAUAAAAAAAAUCUAUAUAUAUAAUAUUUAAAUUUAGAAUAAUAUUACCAAGAUAGAUAGAAAGAUAGAUGAUAAAGAGAAAGCAGGUGGUGAAUCAAAAAGCAGCAGCCUGAGAGAGUGGAUGAUUAAAAAACAAAUCAGUUACUUCUUUAUCUUCACAUCUGUAACUUAACAUACGGUGGUUGUCAUACGCGCAAAAGAAAAAGGUAAACGUGUUUGUUUUAAGUAUGAAAUCCAGUAUCUUCCCUCUUGUGCGCUUUAUGUAUUGCCAUUGUCUUGACAUCAUAUUCAGAGUUAUUAGAAUUAGCCUCAUACCUUUAUGCAUUGUAAUGUGCCAUGGAUGAUUUCAAUGAAUGCCAGAAAACUUCUAUAUUUCCCACUCUGUCAUUAAAAAAAAAAAAAAGUUAACAUCAGAAAACAGCAAUCUGUAGCUAAUCUCUCAACCUGCCCAUAACCUUAAAGGGCCGGCGGCAUGUGUUAAGAGUGCAACUUCACAAAAACAAAAAUGCUCAGCUCCUUUUCCAACCAUCUUACCUUAAAUUGAAUGCAGUGACAAAACUCCAGAUGUUUGCAAUUCAUUCAUGCUUUUGUAAAGUCUAUAGGUUUGGUGGCUGGUCUUCACUUCGUACCUCAGCUUCUGUAUUUCCCGCCAUGUUUGCUCAUCAUGAUCAUUGAUAUUAAUGAUAGUGGUAGUACAAGUGGUCGUGGUGUAAGUGAUCUGUUGAUUCUGAUGUUGCCCAUAUGAAAUACAUUGCUUUGUUUCAUAUAUUCAUUUGUUAUUCUCUAUAGUAUAUAUUGAUGACUAUGCAUAUGGUUCAAUGUAAAACUAAAAGCCUUUUUUUUUUGUAUUUGUUUUGCAGUCAUAGCUUUGAUUUCAUGUUUUAAUGCAAGUUGACACCUGAAACUUAAAAAAAAAAAAAAAGUUCAAACAAAGGACCCUGACUUUAAGGCUGACACUAAAGGACCUCUGUUUAAUUCUGCAGGAAAGUUUCAAAAGUAUGAUCAAUGAGGGAAAGCUUAGUUCUUCAAAGUCUCCACAUGUUAGUGUGUUAAUGCCAUGUAGCAUGACAUUACUGUCAUUUAUGGCAAGUGUCUGGUAGCAUUAGGUUAAACCAGUGCUCAUAUCAUGUAAUAAUUAUGAUCACAAUAAAUUCCAUUAAAUGUUAUAAAUAUUAUCCAAAUAAAGAUACAAUAUCAGUUAACUAAGGCUGAAAAUUUUAGAUGAUGUUUCAGUCCAAAUGCAUUUAAUUUAUUGGAUGUAUUUAUUUAUCUCGAGGUCUCUGAAAGGAAUAGCUCUAUCUGACCCAUCUAAUGUCUCUCUAUCUAUCUGGGUUCAUUAUGUAUGUGUGUGUGUGUGUGUGAGCUUGCACAUGGCAGCAGCAUAAGUGGCAGUGAAAGCAGAGAUGAGGGUGAGCACAUCUGCGUGUCUGCACAUCCUGCACUUUCACCUGUGUGUGUGUCAGUGUAACAAUGAGUUCUGUACCUUCUUCCUCCUCUUUCUCUGAUGUCAUGUAGCCUGUAGACAUCCCUCUGUGUCCAACUAUUGCAUAGAGUUCAGUGCCCCUUUAGUGUCAGUCACUGUCCACCUCCUGCAUGUGCUUGUUUGUAAAUACACCAAAUAAAAUGAUGCAUAUAAACCAAA